AUGGGUAAUAUAUAUCUUACUGGUAAUCAAUUGCGUUGGCGCACAAUGGUCGCGCGUUGGCCGUCAAGCAGGAUAUUCUUAUCAGCGACCCAAUGUACCAUUCUCAUUACCAACGGAAACCGACCUACGCGACCUCCUGCUACAUAUUUGCCACCUCCGGGUACUCCAAGGCCACCUCCAGUAUCGACGCCUGGACCCACAUAUUUGCCACCCUACGGUCAACAAGGAUCUUCUGCCGGCGUAUCUAUCGCUCCAAAUGGGGGUGCUCCAUCUUUUCCUGCUUCUUUCGAUGGUUCAGGUUUCCCAGGUGUUUCUGGUUUUCCAAAUGGUGUAGUAAAGUUAAGUGGUCCAGCUGGCAGUUCAAGCUUCGCAAGUGCCUCGAGCUCUGCCAGCGCAGUCAGCGAUAUAGCCGUUCAGCCAAAUUAUCCGAGUCAAUCGGUACCUUUUGUGUCUACUCCUGUUGCAACGAGUUCCGGCUCUUCAGGCUCAUUCGCGGGCUAUCCUUCUCCUGCACCAGGAUAUCCUUCGUCUACACCCUCACCUCCCUCGCCUACACCGGGAUAUCGUUAGUUUUGUACUUCGUAUUGUUACGCUUUUUUAAUAAAUAAAGACACAGAUGUACAUUUAGUCUCUAACAAGAUGAACAAGG